AUGUCGAUCGCACUGAGACCACCCGGCGCAGGAUUCGCAGCAGCAGCAGCAGCAGCAGCAGAAGAAGAGGACGAUGCGGAUUCCAAUCGAGGCAGUUUGGCUGCUCUUUGCUUGGCGUCGUCGCUUCCCGGCUUCGUCUUGAGGCUCCCAUCGCCACCAGACGUCGUCAACAAUGACGAUGAGGAUGCUGAUGCUGAUGAGGAUGAGGAGGGCUCGGCGGGUCGCUUGGAAUUCGCUGAGGCUGAGGGUGGCCAUCCGCUGCAGCACCACCACUACUACCACUACUACUACCACUACCACUACUACCACUACUGCUAA